AUGAACACAACCGCAACCGACCUCGGGCUUCCCUCCAGCGCCCUGCCCUUGCUCGGGCUCCUGGCAGCCGUCCUCACUUUGGUAUUGGUGAAAUACCCCAUCUUCCGUAAAUCCAAGGUCGUCGAUGUACAAGAUGUGAAGGAAGAGAAACCCUUCGUCAAGCCGCUUCCCAGUCCCGCCCCCAUCGAUCCCCUCGAGAAUGCACCCAAGUUGUACCGUCCGUUCCGCCACGGACCCAACUUCGUGACGAUGGGAAUCCGCAAGCUGAACUGGGAUAACUGGAUUGAGAUGGAUUCUUACUUCCCGCGGUACCACGACCUGAAGGCCGCGGAGCUGAAGAAGGAGUUCAAGGAACAUAUCAAAUAUGUCGAUAAUGCCGUUACCAGAGAUGCCUGCUUCGAGCUGAACGAGGAACUCGUUCGCCAUCUUACGCACCGCUACCCCAAGAUCUAUAAGUUGGAAGAUGGAAAGGUCCACAACAGUCUCACCGGAGAAGCUUUCCCUUAUCCCCCGGCAACCCCCGAUGAGGCCCUCGCAAUGUCCGGUCUUCUGUGGAAAACACAAUUCACUAACCGAUUUACAGACGGAGAAUACCACCUCGAUGCCGCCGCCGUCUGUCUCCCCGGCUUCUGGCGUCUGAGGGAGAAAUUCCGCAUGUCCCUCGAUACCCUCCACUUCGAAGCCGGAGUCCCCCAUUACGCCGCCAAGCUGCAAAAGUCCAUGAACAGGUUCAUGACCAAGCUCACACCCGACAAGCCCGUAGAGCGCAACAACUACUUCAUCCAACUUGACGACGGCCUCCACUGGUCCCACCGCAUGGGCGACCAACAAGGAACAGAAGUCGCCUCCUGGGCACUAGCAAACAGCAAAGGCCUAAAAAUCGACGAAAUCCACUUCCGCUCCGAACGCCAAACCCUCCGACGCCUCCCCCGCUCCGGCGCAAUCCUCUUCACAAUCCGCACAUACUUCGAGCCCAUCACGCGCAUCUGCGAGGAGCCACAUGUCCCCGGUCGUCUGGCUGAGGCUAUCCGCAGCUGGGAUGAGACGGUUAGCUUCUAUAAGGGCAAGUCGCACUGGGAGGGGAUUUUGUUGCCUUAUUUGGAUGAGCAGGCGCGGUUGCAGAAGGAGUCGGGCAUUGUGGAUGAGAAGCCUGAGGGGGAGUUCCCUUACUGA